AUGGCCGCCGCCGCCGCACGUCCUCUCGUCUCCGUCCAGGGUUUGGACGGUGACAUGAGCACCGAUCAGUCCUUCACCGUGGUGUUGCCCGAUGUCAUGACGGCGCCGAUUCGCCCAGACGUGGUCAGCUUCGUCCACGCCCAGAUCUCCAACAACAGCCGCCAGCCUUACGCCGUGUCGAAGAAAGCCGGUCACCAGACCUCCGCCGAGUCAUGGGGAACCGGUCGUGCCGUCUCCCGUAUCCCUCGUGUUCCCGGAGGCGGUACCCACCGUGCCGGUCAGGCCCCCUGUUUCUGA